AACACGAGGCGUCCCACUUUUCAGACACUCGAUAUCAAGGAGCACUGAAUCGUUUCAAGCUCUCGGAUUAUUCUCUCAAGCGUAAUGGGUUUCGUACAAGAGGCGCGCGAUAAUCACGUCAAGAAAAAAGUUGAAGAAGCUUUACGCAGCAAAAUGAAGCAGAAGGCACUAAAGGAAUGUGAUCACUACACCGCAAAAUAUGCUCAAUGUGCUUCAGGGAGAACGAUUUCAGUUGUUUGGCAAUGCCGCAAACAAGCUAAAGAAUUGAAUGAUUGUCUUCAUCGAUUCACUAAUGAUGCUGUUUUAGAGGAAAUGAAGAAAGAAUACAUUCUACAGCACAGCAGUGAAGGCUCUGCAAGAAUAUAGAUUUGAUUUCAUUGGGGAUUGGCCUAAUCAUUGAGCAACUGUUUCUACAAUUGUUCCACAAAGCAUCCGCCAAAAACGUGUCAUCAAUGGAUGACUCUUACAUUCUAGUUCUUCAGAAAUGUAGAAUGAGGCCUUCAUCAUCUCAGUGGAUCCACACGCUUGAAUUUUCUUCGAGUUUUGUACUAAAUGAAGAAAAACUUGUACGAAUUUUGCAGAUUUAUGGCAUGGAUUUUUACUCGCUACCUGAGAUUGUUGAGGAAUUCAAUUUGGGGUUAUUUGGUAGUGAAGAACGAGAUCGUAUUUUGCGUUUCUGACU